AUGUGUCUGUGGCUACACGACACAGAUUCAUCCAUCUUUGCUCAGAGAAGGUGUGCUGGACUCUGUGUGGAGGAGGAGAUGAAGUUGAACAAUGGAUUUAUUUCCAUUGUCGAUAAAGACGAGAAGUUUCAGAUCAAAGUGGAGCUGGAGGAUGGCACGGUCUACACGGCCAAUGCCCUCAGCACAACACUUCCGCCAGAAGAGGGCAGCACUGAGUGGGAAAAGGACGUGAUGAAGGUGCAGGUGAAAGACGAAGACUUUGAAAUCUCAAGCGAUGACUACAUCCAGGACAGAUCUGAGGAUUCCGGACAAGAACAAGACUCGGCCUCAGGCUUUGAAGAAGUGAACGGUUUCUACAGCUGCUCCUUUUGCAACAAGAGGUUUGAGUGUUUGGUCAAUCUCAAACAGCAUCUGAUUGUGCACUUGGGCCUAAGAAAAUACUCCUGCGAAAUCUGUGGAAAGACAUUUGUCCAAAAGAGCUCUUUGAACAACCACCGACUCAUCCACAGCGGCCACAGGGACUUUGAAUGCAAGACCAAUUUGAACGCACACGCCGCGGUCCACACGAAGGAAAAACAUUUUGUUUGUUCGGCGUGCGGGAAAUCCUUCAAGAACAAGCGCACCAGGGAGGUGCACGAGAUGCGCCACAGAGAAGAAUUUCCGUUCGGUUGUGAUUUUUGCGGGAGGAGGUGCGUCGCAAAAGCCGCGGCACAGAAACACGAAGAGACGCACGUGGAGGCCAAAGGAAAGGGCAAGGUCGACGGGAGUUCUGGGUGCGCGCAGUGUGGCAAAAGGCUCGGGACGAAGCAGAGUCUGGAGAGACACAUGAUCCGGCACUCGGAGAGUUCCCCGGAGCCCCGACUGUUCCGAUACAGUGACAACAUGGGUCAAGGGAAGCACAGCGAGAUGGGAGGAGGGAGAAAGGCCUGA